AUGGAGGGGGAUGGUUUUAAGGAGAAGUUAUCAGACUCUGUGUUGAUUGAUGAGAAGCUUGAAGAGUACAGUGAUUGUGAUCAAACAUCAACCACUUCCCCUUCACCUGUUCAAGACAAAGUGGCAAACACUAGAUCCUUUAGAAGUAACUCUAUGAAAGUUAAUCAAGAUGAGUUCUUCAUUGAAGACUUCGAUGUUGGUCCAAUGUAUACCAUUGAUUUGUAUGACAUGACAUUUCGAGAAGACCCCUCAGAUUUUGACGAUAAUUUGCUAUAUGCAAUGCGUGACAGGACUAAGCAACUCAGAUCAUUCAAGAGAAAGAUAAUGGAUGCUAUAAAAUCGAAAAGAAGAAGAGAAAAGGAAUAUGAGCAGCUUGCUAUAUGGUUCGGAGAUGCAGACAUGGGUUGUGAUCUGGUAGACAACAAGGAACAUGCUACAACAUCUAUAGACUCCAAAAGCUCGCAGUCAAAUGUGCCAGUUGUAUCAGAAGAUUCUGAAUGGGAGCUUUUGUAA